AUGCGACAUAGUGGUCGGGUUUGAAACGUCAACGAAAAGAGAGUCGAAACCACUUCCAGACUGCCACAGGCUAUCAACACCAAAAAUGGAGCAGGGGCAGUGCAAUCCUAGUUGGGGAGAUAAUCUAGAAAGUGUAAGAUGGUCUUAUAGGUGGAGAACCUCUGAUAAUCAAUACUCGGAGACCAAGACGAGGCCGGGAGUGGACCUCGACCGUUCGGGUGGGUUUCACUUCCGUUUAUACUCGAAGAGAUCGUCGUUCCAAUGCUGGGGUACAGCUGGACCCUGGACGUUGACGCAGGGUAGCCGUUGUGACUAGAUGCAUGUUGAUAAUUGAUAUGCGGUACAUCGUGAGCCGCGAGACCGAUACGGACGAAAGCUGGGCGUCCGGGACUACUUGAAAUUGCCGGGCCUCCCCACACCUCUGAAGUGGUCCUCAGAAAUCAUCCGAAGACUCCAUCAUGAGUCUGGGAGACGUACUCAGGUCGCUCCAUGCAGAUAUACAUGGGCAGAUUGAGGCGGUACAGAGAAUCUUGGCGGAGCUGGGGACCGGAAGUCGUCGGACGGCAUAUCCUACGCCGGAGCCAGAAAGCAGCAAUCCUUCAUCCCGCGUUCUCAUCGUCGGCGCGGGAGUCGGCGGGCUUGCACUGGCACAAGGACUGAGAAGAGCCGGCGUGCAAUUUCACGUCUUCGAACGUGACCUUCAACUUGCUACUCAACACAAAUCGCAUCGACUCCGCAUCGAUGCCGAUGGCGUUAGCGCACUCAAAGAGAUCUUGAGUCCGCAGUUGUGGACCAAGUUCGAACGGACGUGUGCGGGAACCACGAUCCUCGAGACUGACAUCGACGCAAUAAGAGGAAAGCUCACUGGAUCUCGGAUAGGGAAUCGAAAGGGCGGAGCAACGUAUACGGCCGAUCGGAACGUUCUCAAAGGGAUUCUCUCUACCGGGGUCGACCAGAACAUGACGUACGGAAAACAUUUCAUCGACUAUAACUUCACAGACAAGGGAGUCGUGGUGAAUUUCCUCGACGGGACUUCUGAAGAGGGUGCCAUCUUAGUCGGUGCUGAUGGGAAGGCAUCUCGAGUUAGGGAGCAGUAUUUGCCUAGCCAUAUCCCGAUUAAAACGGACGGCUGCUGCAUCAGCGGAAAAACUCCCUGGACAAACGACAUUACGGAGCAAUACCCAGGACGACCUACCAAGGGUAUGACGUUCGUCAUGGACGGAAGGUCGGCCUCCAGCGAUCCUGGGGCAUCGGCGGCGUCGUUCCUGGUGAUCGAACCGAUUCGAUUUCGACGAAACAAAUAUCAAGAUGAGGUUCCCAGAGAUUAUCUGUUCUGGGUGCUCGUCUGUAUGAAAGGGAGCUUUGGGAUUCCCGAAGACCAGUUCCUGACCAUGCCUAAUGAGGAAGCUGCCCAGCUGUGUCUUCAGGUCACACAAGACUGGAACCCCAAGAUGCGAGCGGUCCUUGAGCAUCAAGAUGUCACCCAGACGUUCUCAAUGCGACUGUCCACGAUCGCUUCUGAGAUCAAGCCUUGGCCCGCAUCCGAACGUACCACCCUCGUCGGAGAUGCUGUCCACUUCACCUCGCCCAUCUCCAAUGGUGGUGCUAACGCAGCUCUCCGAGACGCAGCAGAGCUGUCCAGGAAGUUGUCGCAGGAAGAGUUUUCGGUUCAGGCAAUUGGGGAGUUUGAAUCCCAGAUGAGAGGCCGGGUUAAGAGGCAAUUCCAGGCGAACAGCGGAAUCAUCAAUCGAAUGUCAGGGAGGAUGCGGACUGCGGAGGCGAGUAGGAGUUGAGGCCAUAGGUUACCUGUGAGCUGUCAACUUGGGAUUUAACGAAUGUCGUGAUGGUUUUACGUACACUACCCGAUAGCAAUUGACAUUCAACGUG